CCCCGACGGCCACCAACAGCCCGAGCACUAGCUGACAGUCGCUUGCUCGUUAUAGUACAUCGCUGGUGUUUGUGUGAGAAUCUCUCCUAUUCGUUUCUUCUCAUUCCACGAGUUUUGUGCAGCAACUAUCAAGAUCCGCUCGACAGAGGAUUCUUCACACACGCAAGAGAGGGUACACAAGUUGUCCUCAGCUUGCGGACGAGUAUAUAGGAAAUGUCACGACUCCACGUUACCAACGACUACGUGCUGGAACUCAACAAUGUCUACCACGCCGGCCAGAUGGAGGCAUCAACCUGUUUGGAGAAGAUGGUCGGCAAUAGCUCUGUGGGCGUCGUGUUGAAGGACGUCUCAGUUGAAGUGCAUGGCGGUGAAUUGAUGGCCGUCCUCGGCUCCAAAGGUAGCGGCAAGAAGACACUGCUGGACGUGAUCGCCCGCAGGGCCCAGGGACCCACUCGCGGACAAAUCCUGUUGAACGGAGUUCCCAUGUCGAUGCGGUUAUUCCAGGACAGCUGCGCUUACGUCGGACGGAAAUGCCAUCUACUGGAAGGACUUACCACCAAACAGACUCUCUACUACGCCGCUCAUCUAACGAUCGGUUCCAAAGUGUCGAGUUAUGUCAAGUCGACUCGCGUCAAACAAGUUAUGGCCGACCUUGCGCUCGUUCACGUCGCCAAUCACGGAGUCCACUUUCUCAACCAGAGUGAAUACAGAAGACUUGCCAUCGGCAUUCAAUUGUUACGAGAUCCAGUCGUCAUCUUGCUGGACGAACCCACCAGCGAUCUGGACCCGUUACACACCUACAUGGUGGUCUCCAUUUUGUCGAAUCACGCCAAAAAGUACAACCGCAUCGUCGUUCUGAGCACGGAGAAGCCCCGUUCGGACAUCUUCCCGUUCCUGGACCGAGUGACUUACCUGUGCCUGGGCGACGUCGUCUACACGGGCGCCACUCGGAUGAUGCUCGACUAUUUCCGCCAUCUGGGAUUCCCUUGCCCGGAGCUGGAAAACCCGCUCAUGUUCUAUCUGUGCCUGUCGACGGUGGACCGGAGGAGCCAGGAGCGAUUUCUCGAGUCCAGCAACCAAAUCGCGGCCCUGGUCGACAAGUUCCGCCUGGACGGGCGCCCGUUUCGCAAGUGCGCCGUCUCCUACGCCGACCACGUCAUGGAAACGGAACACCGGCUGCCGCUGACGGCCUACGGACGGCCCACCACCACCCAAGUCUUGACCAAUCUCAUGUCCCGCGAGUGGGCCGUUUUGUGGAACUGCGGGUCGCCCAUCGGGCGGAGUCACUUCUUCCUCCGGCUCCUUCUCCUGCCCGUCUUCUUCUUCCUGCUCUGGAUCUUCUACUACGACCUGCCGCUCAACCAACAAUCCUACGCCUCCCGCAACGGCCUGCUCUACAGCUGCCUGGCCGGCACCAUGUUCCUCUCGGUCGCUUCCACCGUGGCCGUCCACCCGGCCCUGCGGACCCGCUACUACCAGGAGUCGCGGGACGGCUUCUAUUUCGGCCCGUCUUUCAUCCUGGCCCGCAGUUUGGCCUCGUUGCCUCUGUCGGUGAUGACCGUGGCGGCCGCCUCUGCCAUCAUCUACUUCGGCAUGCCCAUCUCGACCAAUCCGUUCCAGUACCUGCUGUUCGGGUCCACCCUCUGGGCCGUCCACUACUUCAUGGAGCAGCAGACGAUGGCGCUGCUGAUGCUGGUCAAAAGCUCCUUCAACGCCGCCCUCACUUCGCUUUUUCUCGGCAUCGUCUAUCUCAACGUCGGCAGCGCCAUGGUCCGCGCCAUUCCCGGCCUGCCCGACUACCUCUACUACCUGACUUACGUCACCCAAUCGCGCUACGCCGCCGCCGUUCUCAACGAGCAGCACUUCCGCAACUUCUCCUCCUUGCCGUCCGUCUUGAACGCAACCUUAUCCAUACCUUGUCCUUCCGGAACCACCUUCUCCAAUUACGGUUGCCGAUAUUCCAACGGAACUCAUUACCUGAUGGAGCGCUACCACCUGACGCAUCCGCCUUAUGACGACGAUUUGCGUUUCUGGUUGAAUUUCGGACUCAACUUCCUAUUCACCGGCGCCAUGUUCUUCGCCAACAUCAUUUUGCAUAUUGUGCCGUUACCGGCUUUCGUCAAAUCGAAAUUCCGCGGUUGAUUCCGUCUCUAUUUGAUUUUUCACAUAUUCACGUUAUACAACGAUCAUCGAAUAUUAUACCCGUUUUGAAUCUAUACCGCUCCUUUUCGACGUGUAAAGUAUUUACUGUAUAAAAUUACCUGUACGUUUAUGAAUAUAUUAUUAUAC